AUGGUGGUUGACACUGCUUAUUACGAUUUGUUGCAUAUUGAACCAGGUGCUACAUCAUUGGAAAUAAAGAAAGCUUACAGGAAGGCGGCAAUUAAAUUACAUCCUGAUAAGAACCCAAACGAUCCUCAAGCGGCAGCAAAGUUUCAAGAGGUAGGAGAAGCAUAUCAAGUAUUGAGUAAUGAGACCUUAAGAGCUAAAUACGACAAGCAUGGAAAGCAAGAGUCGAUCCCUACGGAGGGAUUUGAAGAUCCUUCAGAAUUUUUUUCUAUGAUAUUUGGUGGAGAAGCAUUCAAGGAUUGGAUUGGCGAAUUAUCACUCUUGCAAGAGCUUGCAAAGUCAGCAGAAAUCUCAGGUCAAACGGAAGAUGAUACAAAGAAGGAUGAACAUGAAGAAACGAGCAAUCAAACCCAAAAUCAUGAAAGUGGUAAUACCUAUUAUCUCGAAAAUAGAGAGUGGAAUGGUGAAGAAUCUGGAGCCAAACCUGAAGAAAGGGCUAAGAAAGAGUUGACGAAAGAGCAAAUAGAAGAGAAAGAGCGUAAAGACAAACUUGAGAAGUAUGAAGAGGAGUGCAGGUUAAAGAAGAUAGAAAUGACCAAAGAAUUAACAAAGAAGCUUGUUGAUAAAUUGAGCCUUUAUACCGAAACUGACAUGAAGGAUGAUGUUGCUCAGUCAUUCAAAGAAAAGAUUAGGUAUGAAGCAGAGUCUUUGAAGAUGGAAAGUUUUGGCUUAGAAAUUUUGCAUACUUUAGGUUCAAUAUAUAGAACCAAGCUGAAAAUUUUCUUGAAAAAUCAGACUUUCUUUGGCUGGGGUGGUCUCUGGUGGUCAGUAAAGGAGAAAGGUGGUGUUUUCAAAGAUACUUUCAAAACAAUUACAUCAGCUUUAGAUGCUCAAAAGACAAUGCAAGAGUAUGCGAACAUGCAAGAAGAUAACGAAUAUCACGCUAAGAUGGAAGCCGAAGAGAAGGAGAAGGCAGAUAAAGAAGUAACGGAAGCAGAACGAGAGAUUGAGGAAUUGAAAAAGAAGCAAGAAGAAAUGGCCAAAGGACAGCCACAAUCUAAGGAUGGUAGUAAGCCUGAAAAGGUUCCUCAGAAGCAUACUGCAGAAGAAAUCGCAGAAAUGGAAAAGCAUUUGUUAGGAAAGGUUCUUGCUGCUGCGUGGUCGGGAUCUAGAUUUGAGAUCCAAGGCACUGUCCGUGGAGUUUGUGAUGAAAUUUUAGAUGAUGAAGAGGUUCCAAUAGAGAAAAGGAUAGCUAGAGCGAAAGGAUUGAGACUUAUUGGAGAUGUUUUCAGCUCCAUGAAGAGAACAGAAGCAGAAGAUGAGGAGGCCAGAAUUUUCGAAGAAUUGGUUGCUGAGGCAAGCAAGAAGCGAGAGAAAAAAGCAACUCCUACUGCCCCCAAGAGCUAA